GGGGACGGGAUGAGGGUGCAGUGGGGCACCGGUGUCCACCUUUAGCUUUGCUCGCGGCCCUCAGACCAGCUGGAGAAAUGGAACUCUCGCCCGCAGCUUUCCCCAAACUGUCCCGCGGGCUUUGAGAGGACUGACCGGCAGGGGAACCUAGGGAAAGACAGGGGACUCACAGGGACAUUUUCAGAGAAGGUAGGCUCCGGGUCCUUUCCAGCUUAGAGCACUGGCUUUGGGCCCAAACAGAGAGGCCUAGGUUUGCACCUUCUCCUGUUAACAGACUUGUCUGGGGAGUCGGGGUUCCUAGGUGGUUGGACACUUAGUCUCAGUGUCCCCAUGGGACUGAAACUUAAAAAUCCUGCGAAGAGCAGAGAAAGAUGUCUGUGUGCACCGAGAGAUCCCCUAAUGUUAGCUAGGAAAGUCAAGCCCAGCCUGCCUUUUUUCCCACUGAGAGAAUGAGACCCAGGGGUCCCAUGGGAGCAAGGACAAGAGAAAAGGGGACCCUGCGGGCCAGCACAAAGCUUUCUUGUUGGUGGUCGUGGAGGUCUUUGCAACAGGGAUAUAGUUGCUGCUUUCUGUAAAUAGGACACACACACACACACACACACACACACACACACACCCCGUCCUCAGAUGUCACUCGUCUCCAGACAUCUUUACCCCAAAGCACCGAGAAGCACUGUCAAGGUGUUCAGGGCCUUGACUCUUCCUGGCACAAAGCGGAGUUCCCACCAUACGGCCUGGAACUGCGAGGGUACGGACAGGAUCAAAAUGUAGAACUCGCAGCUCCUCUCCAGCACCAAGUUUGCCUGCAUGCUACUCUCCAUGAGGAUAAUGGACUGAACCUCUGAAACUCACAUGUAGGUCUCCAGAGUGGCACUCCUGUGACAUCUGUGACAGCCUUUCAGCCCCGGGUCUGACACUCUGACGUGAAGAUGGCAGCCAGGGUGAUCUGGGGUAGCCUCGGCCUGCUUCGAGUCCUGUGGUGUCUCCUUCCCCAGAAUGGCUACAUACAUCCAGAUGAGUUCUUCCAGUCACCCGAGGUCAUGGCAGAGGACAUCCUGGGUGUGCAGGCUUCACGGCCCUGGGAAUUUUACCCCAGCAGCUCCUGCCGCACUGUGGUCUUCCCACUGCUGACCUCUGGCUCUGCCUUCUGGUUGCUCAGGCUCUGGGAAGAGCUGGGGCCCUGGCCUGGUCUGGUGAGUGGCUACAUGCUGCUGGUGGGGCCCCGACUCCUCCUCACGGCACUAUCCUUUGCUCUGGACUGGGCUAUGUACUAUCUGGCCCCGCUGUGGGGCGCAGAUCGUUGGAAUGCCUUGUGCCUGCUGUCUGGUUCCUAUGUCACCCUGGUUUUCUACACAAGGACCUUCUCCAACACCAUCGAGGGAUUGCUCUUCACCUGGCUGCUGGUGCUGGUUUCCCCUUACGUGGCAAGGAGUCCUACAUCAAAGAAGCCUGCCUCAGGUCCACGGUGGCACAGCUGCCUUCUUGGUGCUAUCGUGGCUGCUGGCUUCUUCAAUCGGCCAACCUUUCUAGCCUUUGCUCUGGUCCCCCUCUCUCUCUGGGGCAUCCAUAGGGCCUUGGAACUUGGCAUCAAGGCCCUGAUCCAGGAGGCCCUGGUGCUGCUGCCAGGGGCUGCUCUUGCCGCGGUGCUGUUUGUAGCCACGGACAGCUGGUACUUCUCCAGCCUCUCGAGAUCCAGCAGUCUUGUUCUUACACCUGUCAACUUCCUGUACUACAACCUGGAUCCCCAAAACCUUGCAAGGCAUGGCACACAUGCACGGCUCACCCACUUGGCUGUCAAUGGCUUCCUGCUCUUUGGGGUAUUGCAUGCUCAAGCUCUGCAGGCUGCAUGGCAACAACUUCACAGCUUCGUCCAUGCGUUUGCACAAACGGGCCUCUUGAGGGUGCUGGAUGCCCAGGGUCUGCUGUCUAGCUCCAAGUCUAAUCUCCUUCUCCUCUACUUCAUACCCCUGGUCCUGCUAUCUGCCUUUAGCCACCAAGAGGCUAGAUUUCUGAUUCCCCUCAUAGUCCCUAUAGUCCUGCUUUGCAGUCCGAAAACACAACCUAUACCCUGGAAGGGCACCCUGGUCCUCUUCAAUGCCCUGGGUGCUCUCACCUUCGGCUGCCUGCAUCAGGGAGGUUUGGUACCUGGCCUUAAGUACCUGGAGCGGGUAGUGCAUGCGCCUGUCCUCUCAGGCAUGACCACUCACUACACACUUCUCUUCACUCACACCUAUAUGCCUCCCCAGCACCUCCUGCACCUCUCGGGCCUGGGAUCGCCCGUAGAGGUGGUGGACAUGGGUGGGGCUGAGGACUGGGUCCUGUGCCAAGCCCUGAACAACUUCAGCACACAACCAGCCUGCCAAUUGGCUGGUGGGCCAUGGCUCUGCCGGCUGUUUGUGAUAACUCCUGGGACCAACAGGGAUGCCCUGGAGAAGUGCAGUUUUUCCCUCAAGAAUGAGACUCUCUUGUUUCCCCACCUGACCCUGGAGGACCCUCCAGCCCUGUCCUCCCUGCUCAGUGGGGCUUGGAGGAACUACCUUAGUCUUCACAUCAUAGAGCUGGAGAAGGCUGUCACUACAAAGCAGCCAGGGCCCAAGAGUCAGCCAUAGAAGGUGCCACUCCGCCUUCUACAGUCUUCCAGGCUGGGACGUUGAACAGGGCUCCACUGCUGUCUCUUCUGGGCACAGUCACAGGCUGUUGUUUUAGGUGAACACACAUCCUUUCCCUUAGACACCAAAGAUCUGACCAGUCACAGUCCCGAUGCCAAGGUCCCCAAAGAGGCCCAGCUUAACCAUUGGCACCUGCCUAUUUCUAUGCCGUUACUUCCAAUCAUUGUAAUGUUUAAAAUAUAUAGUAGCACCUGGCUCUGAAAGACUGCUGACAGCAUUCCUGCGUGGCCUCUCCCAAACUGUCCACGAUGCCUGACUUCUUGCUUCCAUGACAACCCUCUGAUUUCCAAUCUGGCUACGACAGUGUGGUGAAGUAGAGAAAGCAGACAGUUCGGAUUCCGCUCUAGCCCCAGUCUGCAACUGACAAACUGUGGUUGUAAGGAAGUUCCUUCCACUCCGCCAACCUGCUGCCCAACCUUACCGAAGAUGGGAGGAUCGGAAGAGCAGUGUCGUUCCCGGAGCCCAUAGCACAUGUCCCCUAGUUUGAUAAACGUGUCUCUGAAGGGUUCUUUAACUGGGAA